AAAAAAAAAAAAAAAAGUCACUCCCAGGGGCCUUAUAUCUGCAAGUCCUCAAGAAAUACAUGACGAUACUGGCAGGUAAGGUUAGCUAAACUAAGUGCCAUGGUGGGGAACACUCUGGACAUUAAUCACACUAUUUCUCACCAACCUUGAUGUGUUCACCUAGCCCAAGCCAUCAUCAUCUCUUUCUGAACCGUGUCUCCCAGCUUCCUAAUUUGGUCCAUUCCCCACAUACACGGAACAGCCCGAGCCCAGCCCAGGAGGUUCAUUUCAUACACACCAUCAAAACUAGGGGUUAUUUUUCCAGGACACCUGGGCCAUUCUUGAAGAAAUUCAGGACAUUUCCUGCAAAUAAUGUCAAAUGCAAACACCUGCCACAAGAAGACUGAAAGGGAAGAAGGGGUCGGCCUUUGAGUGACAGUGACGCAAGAUGACAGCCACCAUGGGCUCGGACAAUUAUGAAAACCAAAUAUACAGCCUUAAAAUAAAAUGUGGACCUAAAUACCCAGAAGCACCCUCCUUUGUAAGAUUUGUAACAAAAAUUAAUAUGAACGGAUCUAAUAGUUCUAAUGAAGUGGUGGACCCAAGAGCCGUUGCAGUGCUAGCAAAAUGGCAGAAUUCAUAUAGCAUCAAAGCUGUCCUGCAAGAGCUUCGGCACCUAAUGAUGUCUAAAGAAAAUAUGAAACUCCCUCAGCCACCUGAAGGACAGUGUUACAGCAAUUAAUCAAAAAGAAAAACCACAGGCCUUCCCCUGCCCCCCAUUUGAUUUAACCAGUCUUCAUUUUCCACAGUAAUAAAUUUUCCAGAUACGUCUUGUAGACCUCAAAGUACUAGAAAGAAAGCUCCCAUUCAAAGGCAGUUUAUCUUAAGAUACUGUAAAUGAUACUAAUUUUUUUUGUCCAUUUGAAAUAUAUAAGUUGUGCUAUUACAAAAGAAGAAGACGACUAAAAGGGACCCAAGGAAAUGCCACAGUGUGAGACUGGGGGGCAAAGAAAUCAUAAACGCUAUGCUACAUGCAGUGCCUGACCACCAGUCAAGGCUGAAAAAAAUCCUCUCUCUCAGAUCACAGAUAAGGUAAGGGUGUUAUUUCAUCACAUACUAGGGUCCCCUCUGUUGCUUUUACUUUCCUCGAACACAAAAGACGCUGUCUGUGCAUCAGCAAAUUCUCAAAUCUCCACAACUACCCUCGGACAAUUCCACCAAUGGGAACAUCAAUCACCCAACCCAUCAUUCCAGGUACACUUAAAAG